AAGGUUCAUCAAUAGUCACUCUCCGAAGAACCGAGUUAUCGUCGUGUUUUUGUUAGAGCAAUGUUUCUCCGUCGCCUUCUGAAAACUCCUCAGAUCUCCUCCUCUGUGGGGAGGAUCAGAACCUUCUCUGGCUCACUUAACGCUACUCCUUCCACUCCCUCGAGUCCUGCUCUAAAACGGAAGCUUUUUGCCAAUUUCAAAUCAUGCGAAAACCCAUGUGACGACGUUCUGAGGGAUAUGGAGGAGCAAGGAUUUCAGAUAACUGCAGCCGAUCUAACUCGCUGGGCAAAUCUGCUGAAAAAGCAAGGUCGAGAAGAAAAAUCUUCACAGAUCAAUUCCUUUAUGAGUUGGAAAUGUUGUGUUAUGAUGAGUCAGUCUGUUCUUCGUCUUGCUGUUGGAAGAAGCACUGAAACCUUAAUUCCUUCUGUGGUCAACAUCUAUGCACCAAACGACGAUUUGUAUGGCUCUGGCAUCUUGUUCGGUGAAGGAGACAAAAUAAUCACUUGUGGUCAUGUCGUCCUCAACCUCCACAAGUUUCGAACGAGUCCUGUCUAUCGUUCAAAGACAAUUGAGGUUGAGAUCACAUUGAACUGUGGUCAAACUUUUCGAGGAGUUGUUGCUGAUUGCGACCCAGAGUACGAUCUUGCACUAGUCAAGAUUGAGACACCAACUAGAGAGUUACUCUCUCCUGCAAAGUUUGGUGUCUCCAAAGAUGUUUCUGUUGGAGAUACGGUGCUCUCCAUUCGCAAUCCUCUUGCGUAUGCAAAGAGUUUCUCAGCAGGAAAAAUCAGUUGUGUUGAACACACAAAAAUUGGCUCACAAGGCAAUUGCCAAUUCUAUCUCCAAACUGAUUGUGCUUUGAAAGAGGGCAACUCCGGAGGUCCGGUUGUUAACCUAGACGGCCAGGUCAUUGGUGUUAUCUGGGCAUUUGGAGACAGAGAGGUGGGUGUUGGGUUUGCAAUACCCAUAGACACAGUGGUGAAGGUCAUGGAGGAGAGAAACUGGUAGAUUUUAAGAUUUGAAACUUUUAAGGUUAAAACCUUUUGUUUUGUGAUACUUUGAAUACUUAUGUUUUGUUUCCUUAUCACGGUCUUCUGCUUUGUUUGUUUCUGUUCUUACUCUUGUGUAACAAGUACUGUGUUAAAUAUUCAUGACCUGUGAAACUCA